GCAGUGGAUGACUACUGUGUAAUUUCUCUCUGCAUUUUAAUGUCAGUAUAAUGGAUGUAAUGGAGAAUUUGGACUGAAUUGACUCAAUAAAAUGUGUGAGCAAAUAAACACCACAUCUGCAAUGGAAAACGUAACCCUGGCUACUGAUCAUUCAGAAUGUUACUCGGUUGACAACGCAUCCAGAAGGAAGCCAUUUCUGUUUUUCUACCUGACUAUCAUCAUCACUUCCAUCCCGUCCAACGCUUUUUCCCUGUACGUGUCCUGGCAGCACAUUAGACAGAAGAAUGAGCUUGGCGUGUAUCUAUUCAACCUGGCCCUGAGCGACCUGACCUUCACUAUCGGCCUUUCUCUGUGGUUGGACUUCCUGUGGAAAGGAGUUUGGGACCACGGAGGCUAUGUUUGUGUGCUAUCAGUCUACCUUCUUUUCACUAACUUCUACACCAGCGAUGCCCUCCUCUGCUGCAUUGCUGUUGACCGCUACUUGGCGGUGGUUUACCCAUUAAAAUAUGCUUACUUGAGGAAACUUGGCACUGCAGCAGUGGUUAGCGUUGCCAUUUGGGUGUUGGUGGCCUGUUUCAAUGCCACCACCAUCACCUGGGAGGACUCAUACUAUGAGAACAACAAGUUUUCAGUAUGCUUUGAUGUAUUCCUCCCGGUGUCAGAGAACCUGGCUCGGGUUAAUGUAGCACGUGUCAUCCUGGGCUUUAUUGUUCCCGUUCUCCUGGUGGUGUUUUCCACCUGGGGGAUCUGUAAGGCAGUGAAAUCCAACCAGGCCACAGAGGAACAGGAACGUAAGCGGAUUUCAAAGAUACUGACAGUAGUUCUGCUCUCCCUUUUGUUUUGCUUUGGACCUAUCCACAUUGUUAUACUUCUCCGCACCCUACUGGAUGACUGCAGGAAGGUUGCGUGGCUCCUAUACCCAUACAAGAUCAGCAUAGCGAUCUCCACCCUCAACUGUCUUGCAGACCCUCUCCUUUAUUGCUUCAUUACUAGAACAGGGAAGGCAAAUGUCAAUCAGGUUGUGCUCUUCUUCCAGGUAAAGAAGAGAAGCAAAGAUGGUGUGGUGUAGUUAAAAAAAAAAAAAAAAGAUACAGGUCUAUAUAUUGCAAUAACUUUGUGGUAAACAUUACAGUUAUUGCAAAAGUUAUUUGCUGUUAUAGGAUAAAGUAGGCUGCGUUCUAUGUUCUUCUUAUUGACAACAACUCUCAUUAAAAGGCCAGUUUGUCUGUCUCUCAAAGCUUUAUGAUACCUUGUCUGUGGCACUCUGCCCCAAGCAGAGCUAAUGAACACAUGGAUGUUUAACAUGUAAAAAUACUCUUUGAUUUGAAUAAUAAUAUGUGUCUGAUUCUUUCAGAAAGUCCCAAAUCUAUAAAAAUAAAAAUGCAAACGUUCAUUUUAAAAGUUCAGCUACUACAGCACAGCUUCAAUUUGUUUUCAAAAUAGUUGUGAGGCCAUAAAAUCAUUCUUGUAUGGACAAGUCUUAAACUCAGACAAGCAGCCUUGUUGUAAAACUUAUCACGCAUAUCGUUUUGCACAGUGGGGGCCAAGUCAGUAGUAAGUGAAACACAUUUUUAAGCGGAGGACUUUAAAAGCAUCUAUAAUCUAUAUUUCGAAACAAUGUAACAAUGUGAAUAGUUACUUCUAGAUGCCCGGUCUAUGAGUUACACUUAAAACUGUAUACUACCUGCUCAGCACCAAACAGCAGAUAGGCACAGCUACAGUAUGGGCUCAAAUGUAAUGUAUUACAAGAGACAGAUCAAGAUUUAGAGCAACCAUUGUAAACAAACCACAACAAUGAACUAAUAGCAAUGUGGUAGGCACAUACAGUACCAAUCAGUUUUCACAAUGUUAAACCUCAAAGGCCUGUUCCAAGAGUAUUUGUCAAACACUGACAGUGUGUGUGAAACCUUCUCUAAACAUGUCAAAAAAAGAACAUAUAGGACUUUAAUCAAAUGUGAUGCCUUAAUCAUUUGAAUAAGUUUUGAGUAGAAAAUAAAUAUGUUUGAGUUCAGUGUUUUCUGUGAAGAAAAUGUUCUUUAUCCUCGAGGAGGAAUAAAAGUCAUAAGAGACAGACUUUUGAUUCUGAUGAUUAUUGCAUGAAGUACUAUUAUUUUAAAAAGCUGAUAAAAAGUGUAUCUGUGGGGUUGUGUCUUGUCAUAUGUUCACAGAAAUAUCAAGUGCUUUGAGUUUCUGGUCUAAGGUAGAUAUCUGAAGCUCUCUAGUGGACAAAUAUGGAAGUGCAGCAAGCUGUCUUCACCGUUUAACUUUUUUGUGCUGCCUACACCUAACAGAGAAAUUCAUGUAUGCCAUAACCAAGUUGUCUUUAGUUU